CAUGCCGCCGGGGCCGCCGCUGCUUCGGGGCUCCCUCCUCCUCCUCCUCCUGCACUUCCUCGGCGCCCCGGCCCGCGAAGCCGUCUACACCAACCAUUUCUUGGUGGAGCUGCACGACGGGGGCCAGGCGGAGGCCGAGCGGGUGGCGGCGGAGCACGGCUUCGGCGGGGUGCGGAAGCUCCCUUUUUUAGAAUCUGGAUACUUUUUUUAUCACAAUGGUCUUGCUAAAGCCAGGAGAAGACGCAGCCUUCAACACAAGCUUCGUCUGGAAAAGGACUCCAGGGUGAGGAAAGCUGUGCAACAGGAGGGCUUCAUCAGGAGGAAGCGAGGAUAUAGAGACAUCAAUGACAUUGACAUCAACAUGAAUGAUCCUUUAUUUACAAAGCAGUGGUACCUGAUUAACACUGGUCAAGCAGAUGGGACUCCUGGACUUGACCUUAAUGUAGCUGAAGCAUGGGAGCUGGGAUACACAGGGAAGGGAGUAACCAUAGGAAUUAUGGAUGAUGGAAUUGAUUAUCUGCAUCCAGAUCUUGCAUCAAACUACAAUGCCAAAGCCAGUUAUGACUUCAGCAGCAAUGAUCCCUUCCCCUAUCCCCGCUAUACAGAUGACUGGUUUAACAGCCACGGGACAAGGUGUGCAGGAGAGGUGUCUGCUGCUGCCAACAACAACAUCUGCGGCGUGGGAGUUGCGUACAACUCCAAAGUGGCAGGUAUUCGAAUGCUCGACCAGCCGUUUAUGACAGACAUCAUCGAGGCUUCCUCCAUCAGUCAUAUGCCUCAAGUCAUAGAUAUAUAUAGUGCCAGCUGGGGACCAACUGAUAAUGGGAAGACUGUGGAUGGACCUAGAGAGUUAACGCUGCAAGCAAUGGCAGAUGGUGUGAAUAAGGGCCGGGGUGGAAAAGGCAGCAUCUAUGUCUGGGCCUCUGGAGAUGGAGGCAGCUAUGAUGACUGUAACUGUGAUGGCUAUGCAUCGAGCAUGUGGACAAUCUCCAUCAAUUCUGCCAUAAACGAUGGACGGACAGCUCUGUAUGAUGAAAGCUGCUCUUCAACCUUAGCCUCCACCUUUAGUAACGGCAGGAAGAGAAAUCCGGAGGCUGGCGUGGCUACAACAGAUUUGUAUGGCAACUGCACCCUGCGUCAUUCGGGCACGUCUGCAGCCGCCCCUGAAGCAGCCGGAGUGUUCGCCCUGGCCCUGGAGGCUAACUCACAUCUGACAUGGAGAGACAUGCAGCAUCUGACAGUGCUCACCUCCAAGAGGAACCAGCUCCACGAUGAGGUUCACAGGUGGCGGAGGAAUGGCGUUGGGCUGGAGUUCAACCAUUUGUUUGGCUACGGUGUCCUAGAUGCAGGAGCAAUGGUUAAGAUGGCAAAAGACUGGAAGACUGUUCCUGAGAGAUUCCAUUGUGUUGGGGGGUCAAUACAGGAACCUGAAAAGAUACCACCAAGUGGCAAACUGUUCCUCACACUGACAACUGAUGCGUGUGAGGGGAAGGAGAACUUUGUCCGGUACCUUGAACAUGUUCAGGCAGUCAUAACUGUGAAUUCCACUCGGCGAGGAGACCUCAACAUCAACAUGACCUCACCAAUGGGAACAAAGUCCAUUUUGCUGAGCCGGCGCCCCAGGGAUGAUGACUCCAAGGUGGGUUUUGACAAAUGGCCUUUCAUGACGACUCACACUUGGGGAGAAGACCCCCGAGGCACCUGGGCUCUGGAGAUUGGGUUUGUUGGCAGCCAGCCCCAGCGGGGUGUGCUGAAGGAGUGGACACUGAUGCUGCACGGGACUCAGAGUGCACCGUAUAUAGACCAAAUCGUAAAAGAUUAUCAGUCCAAACUGGCCAUGUCCAAGAAGGAAGAGCUGGAAGAAGAGUUAGAUGAAGCAGUGGAGAGAAGCCUGAAGAGUAUACUGAGCAAGAACUAGUGCUGUGUUGCAUGACGGUGUCUUUCCUUCCCCAGACCCCUCUACUCACCGUUCUACUAUCCAAACCUCUGUGUUAGACGUAUUACAAUGAUUGUCUCUGUAGACAAAUUAUCACCCUUUCUUGAUUUUAAAGUCUUAUGUCUUGUCUAUAAUUAUUUUAAUUGCCACUGAAGCAGUCCAUUUUUUAAUCUCUAAACCACAAAAUAUACUCCUACCAAAUACUAUGUACAGUUUGUGACUGUAAAUUAUGAUUUUUCUUUUGUGUCAGACAAAUAGGUAAUAACCUGCAAAGAAGUUAAUGGCUUUUCCCUUCAUAUUUCUGUGGAAAAUGUUUGUAUUAAAAGAAGAGUGAAUUUUAACACUGGAAGUUGGUGAUAAUGAGCACAUUUUAAAAAAAUUACUGUGAGAGAGGGAAUCACCGAGAGGUUGUCUGGAGAGGUCUUUGAACAUGCUCUUUCUGCAUCGCUGACUUCAGUGGGACUUUCUCCAUUGGGUUCAACCAAAGUAGCACUAGACCCCACAAAAAGAAAUAAUCCAGAGGUAAGGGAAAUUCACUAAUCCAAUUUGCAGAAAUAGAAUUAUUUUGAGAGUUUUAUUUCAUACUACAGUUACACUACAUACUUCAGCUACAGGAUGGAUCAGCAGAUAUGCAAUAAGGAAGGCAAAGUGAUGCCAAAGCUGGGUGGCAGGGAGAAGUGAUUUGCAAACCGGGUCAGGGCCUUCUAGAAGCACAAGUCCCAGUUUUACUGGAGUUUUUUUAGUUUGGUUGUUUUGGGGGUUCUUUUCCUGUGUGUUUUUGGGGGAUUUUUGUUGUUGGGUGGUUUUUUUUCCUUUGUUUUGUAAUUUUGACAAUUUAAAUCAAUUUACCAUCUUAGAACAGAACAAGCACAUAGGGAUGAGGAUUUCUGGCAGCUUGUGUGCAUCUGCUGGUCUCUCUACUGAGAUAUUCUCCAGCACUGUAAAAUGAGGCUGUGUCAGCAUUACCAACCACAGACACCUGUUUUCUGGGGUUCACAACCCAGCUGCCAGUAAAGUGCUGUGGGGGAAAUUUGAAGCACGCAGGUUCAGUCCCAAAGCAAUUUUUAAUUUAUUUCUUUUUUUAAAGCUAUAUAUUUGCUGGUAUUAUGUUAUACAAAUAUAUUUAAGGAGAAAAAUAUGCUGAAGUUAUUAAAGUGUAAUGCAAAGUUGGCCUUCUUGAAAAAUAAAAUGUAGUAUAUUUGGGAAGA